UGUCCUCGAGCCACCCGUUCGUCGUUCGCUUUGGAAUUUGGAAACACCCAAAACACUUGAUUUCUUCGUCCAUCAAACCUCUCCCACUUUGACAACCAAGAUGCCGGCAAAAGUUGCUUUACUGACUUAUUCGAUGUAUGGCCAUGUUGACAUACUGGCCGACUCGAUCGAAGAAGGCCUCAAGGCCUCCGGCGUCGCAGUCUCGCGUUUCCAAUUCCCAGAAACACUCGCUCCAGAGGUCCUCGAGAAGAUGCAUGCACCGCCGAAGAAAAACAUCCCCGUCUUGACUGACCCAACCGUCUUGAAAGAGUUCGAUGGUUUCUUGUUUGGCUUCCCGACUCGAUACGGAAGAACUCCUGCUCAACUGUCGACCUUCUUUGACAUGACCGGUGGACUUUGGCAGACUGCAGGUCUAUAUGGCAAAUUCGCCGGGAUCUUCACCAGCGUUGCCUCACAACAUGGGGGACACGAAACCACUGCCUUCACGACUAUCCCUUUCUUUGCCCAUCAUGGAAUCAUCUUCGUCCCGCUUGGAUACACCAAUCCCAACUUGACUGAUAACAGUGAGAUCAUGGGUGGAUCGGCAUGGGGAGCUAGCACUGUUGCUGGUGGAGAUGGAAGUCGUCUUCCUACCGCCAAGGAGCUCAACAUUGCUGUCGGUCAAGGCAAAUCCUUCGGCGGGGUCGUCAACCAAUACGUUGCCGGUGCCGGCAAGUGAUCCCAAACGCACCAAGAAGCAAACAAAUGCUACCAAGUAUCAGUCUGAAGUCGAUCGAAUCUUCCAUGCUGAAAGUUAACCUCAAAGAAAAGCGCUCGUAGUCGUUAACUUGUAUAUCGCCCUAUCCAGUUUUCCUUUUGAAUCUUGCAGUAUCACCUCAUUGAGAUAGUGUAAGAUUGGUGUACUUUUUCAGAGAGGGGGCUCUACUCGCUCCAAUCAACAGCAUCAUUGAUCUUUCUCCUCUUUACACUCGAUUCUUAUGACAUCAAGCAAUUUUUAGUCUUAACAAAGCAGGCUCUAUAAGCCAUAUGGUGUGUACAUCUGCUGCUAAUUAGAGUGACUUUCUGUGAGAUAACAUAUGACAAGAAAAUAUAUAUCUUUUGACGUGUUUUGACUCGUCUCUAUUGCUGGUUAUUGUUCAAGUUUUGCCAGAUAAUCAUGGAGAUCCCAAGAUUCUUGAGAGCAUUAGAGUAGGUUCCAAGAGUUCUUAACUAAAGUGU